CUGACCUCCAACCUAAUGGCAGCCAUCCCCUGCCGCCAUCCUCGCAGCCCCACACCAUGGCUGCCACGCUCUCCUCCGUGGCUGCCCCUUCCCUCCCCAACCGCAGCUCCAUUGUCAGAGCUCAGCGGCAGGCACCUCCUUCCGUCAUCUCGGCAUCAACUAAGACCGGUGGCUUCCAUGGGGUGUCGCUGGUGGACACGAGGUGGGCGGCCGGCCACCGGAAAGGCGGCGGGCGGAGGCGGCUGCUGCGGGUGAACGCGCGGUCGACCGCCGCCAAGAACAUCGAGGUGGAGGUCGACAAGCCGCUCGGACUGGCCCUGGGCCAGAAGCCCGGCGGUGGCGUCGUCAUCACUUCUGUGGAGUCUGGAGGAAAUGCAGCAAGAGCCGGUCUGAAAGUCGGUGACCAGGUGCUGUACACAAGCAGCUUCUUCGGAGAUGAGCUGUGGCCUGCAGACAAGCUGGGGUUCACCAAGACAGCCAUCCAAGCAAAGCCAGACUCUGUCUACUUUGUAGUGAGCAGGGGAGGCGCCGAUGUUGAUGUGAAGCGUCUACCGAAGAGGCCGGCACCGCCCCGGUUUGGACGGAAGUUGACUGAAUCACAAAAGGAGAGAGCAACUCACAUCUGCCUUGAUUGUGGAUACAUAUACUUCCUACCCAAGCCUUUUGAAGAACAGCCUGAUGACUACGGUUGCCCACAAUGCAAUGCGCCAAAGAAGCGAUUUGCCAGGUACGAUGCGGCCACGGGGAAGGCCAUCGGUGGUGCCCUGCCGCCUAUUGCAGUGAUCAUAAGUUUGGUAAUCGGCAUCGCUGGAGUAGGGGCUCUUCUUGUGUAUGGCCUGCAAUAGGCUGUUCAUUCUUCAGAACCAAAAUUUUUGCUGUGCACAUGAAGCUCAGCUGACUGCUGCUGUACUCCAUCUCACGAAACACCGAGUGAAACCAUAUAUCAAAGGGAAAGGAAAUAUACUAUGAAUGGGGUUAUUGGCUA